GUCUCCUCUUAGAAGAUAAUCCUUCUAUACGUGCCAUAUCUUUAGGACAUGGUCAUAUUUUAGUGGGCACAAAGAAUGGUGAAAUACUGGAGGUGGAUAAAAGUGGACCAAUAACUCUGCUGGUUCAGGGUCACAUGGAGGGGGAAGUUUGGGGUCUAGCUACUCAUCCUCAUUUACCUAUUUGUGCCACUGUAAGUGAUGACAAAACCUUAAGAAUAUGGGAUUUAUCUCCUAGCCAUUGUAUGUUAGCUGUUCGCAAAUUGAAGAAGGGAGGUAGAUGUUGCUGCUUUUCUCCUGAUGGAAAAGCAUUAGCGGUUGGUCUCAACGAUGGAAGUUUUCUGAUAGUUAAUGCAGAUACCCUGGAGGAUCUAGUCUCUUUCCAACACAGGAAAGAUGUUAUUUCAGAGAUUCGAUUUUCUCCUGGGGCUGGAAAGUACUUAGCUGUGGCAUCCUGUGACAACUUUGUAGAUAUUUACAAUGUAAUGAGCAGUAAACGAGUAGGAAUCUGCAAGGGAGCCUCCAGCUAUAUCACACACAUGGACUGGGACAUAAGAGGGAAGCUCUUGCAAGUCAACACUGGUGCUAAAGAGCAGUUGUUUUUUGAAGCUCCUCGUGGGAAAAAACAGACAAUUCCUAGUUUGGAGGUAGAAAAGAUUGGUUGGGCAUCAUGGACAAGUGUUUUGGGCUCUUGCUGUGAAGGAAUCUGGCCAAUAAUUGGUGAAGUCACAGAUGUAACUGCUUCGUGCCUCACUAGUGAUAGUAAAGUAUUAGCCACAGGAGAUGAUUUUGGAUUUGUGAAACUGUUUCGAUACCCCGCUAAAGGAAAGUUUGGAAAAUUUAAGAGGUAUGUUGCUCACAGUACGCAUGUAACAAAUGUCCGUUGGACCUAUGAUGACAGUUUGUUGGUCACUGUUGGAGGAGCAGACACCUCUUUAAUGCUGUGGACUUUCGAGAUGGAAGGACAUCGGGAUAGCAGGCAGUGUGACAGUGAAGAGUCUGAUCUAGAUUCUGAAGAAGAUGGAGGUUAUGACAGUGAUGUGACAAGAGAAAAUGAAAUUAAUUACACCAUCAAAGCCUUAUCAACAAACAUUAGACCAAUGUUUGGAAUUAAGCCUCAUCUGCAACAAAAGGAGCCAACCUUAGAUGAAAGGCAGGGGGUAGUGAGAGGUUCCAGACCACCAGUUAGUAGGGCAUUGCCACAGCCUGAGAAACUUCAGACAAAUAAUGUGGGGAAAAAAAAGAGACCUAUAGAGGACCUAAUUUUGGAGCUGGUAUUUGGGUACCGAGGCAAGGACUGCAGAAACAAUGUGCACUAUUUGAAUGAUGGUGCUGAUGUAAUAUAUCAUACUGCAUCUAUUGGGAUCUUGUAUAAUGUGGCAACAGGCUCUCAGUCUUUUUACCAGGAACACAACGAUGAUAUUUUGUGCCUCACUGUAAAUCAGCACCCCAAGUUUACCAACAUAGUGGCAACUGGCCAAGUAGGAGACUCAGCAGAUAUGUCAGCUACAGCUCCUUCUAUUCAUGUGUGGGAUGCAAUGAACAAACAGACGCUGUCGGUUCUGCGGUGCUACCAUUCAAAGGGCGUUUGCUCCGUCAGUUUCAGUGCCACUGGCAAGCUGCUGCUCUCUGUAGGGCUGGACCCUGAACACACCAUUACCAUUUGGAAGUGGCAGGAAGGUGCCAAAAUUGCCAGCCGAGCUGGUCAUAACCAACGUAUAUUUGUAGCAGAGUUCAGACCAGAUUCAGAUACCCAGUUUGUUUCUGUGGGAGUAAAGCACGUGAGGUUCUGGACACUGGCGGGAAGAGCUCUUCUCAGUAAAAAAGGGCUGCUGAGCUCCAUAGAAGAUGCCCGAAUGCAAACAAUGCUGUCUGUAGCUUUUGGAGCGAAUAACUUGACGUUUACAGGUACUAUCAGUGGAGAUGUUUGUGUUUGGAAAGAUCAUGUGUUGAUACGAAUUGUGGCCAAAGCUCACAAUGGACCUGUUUUCACAAUGUAUACCACAUUAAGAGAUGGUUUGAUCGUUACAGGAGGCAAAGAAAGGCCUUCAAAGGAAGGAGGAGCAGUUAAGCUAUGGGAUCAAGAGCUGAAACGAUGUCGUGCCUUCAGACUAGAGACAGGACAAAUGACGGACUGUGUGCGCUCUGUUUGUAGAGGCAAGGGGAAAAUUCUCGUUGGGACAAGAAAUGCUGAAAUAAUCGAAGUUGGAGAGAAAAAUGCUGCAUGUAACAUUCUAAUUAAUGGUCAUAUGGAUGGACCAAUCUGGGGCCUAGCAACUCAUCCUUCCAGAGACUUUUUCCUGUCUGCUGCAGAAGAUGGCACAGUAAGACUAUGGGAUAUCACUGAAAAGAAGAUGCUGAACAAAGUCAGCUUAGGACAUGCAGCUCGUACUGUUUGUUACAGCCCAGAAGGUGAUAUGGUAGCUAUUGGCAUGAAAAAUGGAGAAUUUAUUAUCUUGCUUGUGACCUCUCUAAAAAUUUGGGGGAAAAAAAGGGACAGAAGAUCAGCGAUUCAAGAUAUCAGGUUUAGCCCGGAUUCUCGGUACUUAGCAGUCGGUUCCAGUGAGAACGCAGUGGAUUUUUAUGAUCUGACUUUGGGUCCCAUGCUAAAUCGAGUCAGCUAUUGCAAAGAUAUCCCAAGUUUUGUGAUCCAGAUGGACUUCUCUGCAGAUAGCUCCUAUCUCCAGGUCUCUACUGGGUCUUACAAAAGGCAAGUCUAUGAAGUGCCUUCAGGAAAACAGCUUGUGGACCAGGCUGUGAUUGACAGAAUAACAUGGGCUACUUGGACAAGUGUUCUAGGGGAUGAAGUAAUUGGAAUCUGGUCCAGGCAUGCUGAAAAAGCGGAUGUAAACUGUGCCUGUGUCUCUCACUCGGGAAUCAACCUCGUAACAGGCGAUGAUUUUGGCAUGGUCAAACUGUUUGACUUUCCAUGUCCUGAAAAAUUUGCAAAACACAAACGAUUUCUAGGUCACUCUGCCCACUUAACAAAUAUUCGAUUUACAAGUGGAGAUAGAUACGUGGUCAGUGCUGGAGGGGAUGACUGCAGCUUAUUUGUUUGGAAAUGUGUGCAUAUGCCUCACUAA